ACCCUUUUUCCUGCCUUUCUUCCUAGAACUGUGGCAGGAUGUCUCUAUUGGGGACGUCUGCAGAGAGGUUCUCGUGGUAUGACAAUGUCACUGCCACGCCUGCCACUACACUGGUGACUUUGCUGGACAAUGUGACUUCUGUUCCCUUGACAACGGCACAGUUCUUUAAUGACACCAAUGUUACAGUACCACACAAGUGCUUAUUGUUGUUGUAUGAAGACAUUGGGACAUCCAGAGUUCGUUACUGGGACCUUUUGCUGCUUGUUCCCAAUGUGCUUUUCUUUGGGUUUCUUCUUUGGAAGCUGCCUUCGGCCAGAGCCAAAAUCCAUGCCACCUCCAGUCCUAUCUUCACCACCUUCUACAUAUUGGUUUUUGUAGUAGCUGUGGUUGGGAUCGCUCGGGCCGUUGUCUCUAUGACAGUCAGCGCAUCAACAGCUGCUACAGUUACAGACAAGAUCCUUUGGGAAAUCACAAGAUUUUUCCUUCUAGCCAUAGAGCUGAGCAUGGUGAUCCUGGGCCUUGCAUUUGGUCACCUGGAGAGCAAAUCCAGUGUCAAGCGUGUAUUAGCUAUCACAGCGGUGCUGUCUCUGGCUUAUUCUGUCACUCAGGGAACUCUGGAAAUCCGGUAUCCUGAUGCCAGACUCUCAGCAGAAGAUUUCAAUAUCUAUGGCCAUGGAGGAAGGCAUUUCUGGCUUGCAAGCUCCUGUUUCUUUUUUCUGGUAUAUUCAUUCGUGAUGAUGCUUCCAAAAACACCCUUGAAGGACCGUAUUUCUCUGCCAUCAAGGAAGAGUUUCUACAUUUAUGCUGGGAUUCUCGCUGUGCUGAAUUUGGUGCAGGGUGUGGGCAGUGCUCUACUCUGUGCUGGUAUCACAGAAGGGUUAUGCUGUGUUGAUGCCACCACCUUCCUCUAUUUCAGCUUCUUUGCUCCACUUAUCUAUGUGGCAUUUUUGAAAAGUUUCUUUGGAUCUGAGCCAAAGAUCCUCUUCUCAUACAAAUGCCAGGUGGAUGAGCCUGAGGAUGUUGAUGUGCACCUCCCGCAUGCCUAUGGUGUGGCCAAGAAGGAAGGCCUGGAUUCCAGUUUCUACUCCAGCACACAGAUUGACACUGCAGCCUAUUUGGAUGACGUGGCCUCCAUGCCCUAUCAUGUGGGCAGCAUUAACAGCAUUGACAGUGACCGCUGGAAAGCCAUCAACUCAUAAGUCAAAAAUCGCUCCCUUCAUCUCUUCUGCACCUCACAACUCCAUAACAGAUUUCUCCUCUAAAACUGUUUUAAUGGGUUAUUACCUUUCCUCUCUGUGUGUAUGUGUUUUAAACAAAAUAUUUAAAUUAUGUAUGGAACAUAAAAUUAGAAAUGAUGGUCUUCCUAGAAGGACAACACUUACCUUCACAAAAGAGCAAACUGGACUUUAUUUUGAAAACAUACAAAUGCUGAAUCUUCAUUUUCUUGCACAUUCCAAGUGCAUGUUGUUGGAUCAACCAGUACACAAGUUUAGAUGUGUUAUUUCCAUACUAUUUUUAAAUUUCCUCAGCAUUCAUGUUUCCAGCAAGACUAAGUUCCCAGCAGAAAUAUUGACUUGACAAAGAACGAGCGGGAGAAUGGGACUGUUUCCUAGAUCACAGGCAACUGUAAUUUGACAGAAACUGGGAAGUGAGAAAAUUUCAAAUGCUUUUGAUAGAAGGAACACUUAUGAUUGAAUUUCAAAAUGUUCUGAUAAUUCUUCAUGGAGAAGCAGGGAGCUAAACUCGGUGUGUACAUGCAUCUGUAUAUAUUUUAUGCCAACUGUGGUAGGAGAAGGAAGCAGAAUAAGUACCAGGGAAGGUUCUCUGUGAAACGUGUUGCUGUGCAACUAAAUACUGAAGCUGGUUGAUGUGCAGCUGUGAGUUUCAUACACUGUAUACGCACUAAGUUUCUGAAACGAAAAGUUAGCCAAGUGAGAGCUACAUAAUGGUGUUCUGUGCUGUGAUGCUAGCAGAACUCUAGAGAAAAUGGGAAAAGAGAAGGGAACAUGGACAAUUCCUAAGCUUUUAAAAUAGAAUAGAAGACCAGUGGAAAAUGGCUUGAAAGCCUGAUUUUGGCACAUUAAGGAUGCUUGGAAUGGCAUCUAAGUUGAGAGUGAGGUUGCAGUUACUAGGCAGUCUUCACUGCAGGUGGGUUUUUCAGUGGAUAAUAGUGGCAGUCGCUCUCAGCCAUAGAUCUAGGCUGUUUAUAAAUCUGUCCAGCAACACAUUCUACUUUCAUGAACUUGUAAUGAGGCUCAUUAAUCUCUGAGGGGAAUGUCAUGCUGACUUGGCUUUCCUGAAGCCCACACUAUCACAUAGCUGGCUAUUCUCUUGGCAAGAGUGGCAAUAGAUAGAUCUACAAUCUUACAGGAGUGGUAAUAAGCAAAUUUACAUGUUUGGACUAUAGUUCCUAGAAAUUCCCAACCUACAUGGCUACUGGCUGAGGGAUUAUGGGAGGCAUAGUCCAAACAUGAAAUGUUUCGAAGUGCAGGGACCUUCUCAGAUUUAAUGCCAGAAACUACAAAGUAGAGGACCUUUAUUUAGUAAUAAUAGCAGCACACUUGGUAAGGGAAUAUCUAAUUCAGAACUGAUUUCAUAUAAUAGAGGCAUGAGGCAAUGACAAUAGCCAGCCUUUGAAGCACCUGUAUUUUGUGUGCUUUGUUUAUGUCACAUUCUGAAUAUACCCCUGACAAAAUUCUUGGCCUUGUAUGAAAUACAGGUAUCCUUCUUUGAGUAAUUGCAGUUAAUUUAAUUUAAAUUUUUUAGAUAUGCAGAUACUUAUUGAAAAAGCAGGGGCACAUGAGAAGUACACAGGGGUUUCUUCCUUCCUUGCUGCUCCUGUUAUCACUAAUGUGGUAAUGUGAUUUGGUGUCAGAUAUGUUCUAUAUGAGUGAUUAAGGAAGUGAUUCUGUAAACUUGGAUGGAGAAGUAAACACCAGGCUUUCAUGUAAAGAUCUUAGGGGUUGAGAAGCAACAAGAACAGAAAGCUCCUUGCUUCUCCUCUCUUCUCCUCUCCUUACGAGUGAAUAUCCCUCCUUUCUUUUCCGUUCCUUUAAGGCACACCAGAAUUCUAAAGACAGACUGACCUUGUUUUUGCUUUGAUUACUUUAAAAAAAACAUUUAAUGGUGUCUCUCCUUUUGAUGACUUAUCAGAGGAGAUCAACAGGAUUGUUGUGGAGAUCAGCACUUUGCCUUUAGUUGCAUUACUGUACAAACUAUCCUUUCCUAAAUGUGUGAAUUUGAUACCACAAUCAUUUAUUCAUACUUGUUGCUGUUAGCAAUGUGAUCUCCUUUAUGGUGAGGUAUCUUUAUAUACGAUGUAGUUUAAGCCUCAUUAAUGCUUAUUGUGCUGGCCAUGGGCGGGCUGGUAGAAUUUUUAUAGCUCACAACUAUACCCACCCUGUCAUACAGUGACCCUUAAAAUAGAAUUCAGCAAAGGGAGCUGUGCUGUUAUCUAGCCUAUUGUAAGAACAUCCUUGCCCCUAAUGUUGCACCUUAGAUUUGUGGAUGUGUGUUUGAGAAGGCUGUAUUCAAUGGAUGCAAGACAUAAGGUUCAGUUCAAGGCUUAUUUAUUUAUUUAUCUCCUUGCAUCCUCAUCAGUGAUAGAUUCAUUCCUUUGACUGAAUUCUGCAUGGUGGCAAAAUGCUGGAAAUGAUCCAGUAUUUGGACUUUUGAUAACAAACUAGUAUUACCUUAAUUACUAUGGAUUCUCUAUAGCUGCAGUUUGCUCCUGUCCAACUGUCUCCAGAUAUAAUGAGCUAUCAUUCUCAACUAUCGUGGCCAAAGGUCAUGGUAGUGAAGAUGAUGUAGUCCAACAUAUCCAAAGUGUACCAGGUUGGGUACAACUGCCGUGUGUGUGUGUGUGUGUGUGUUUGGUUUAGUCUCUCUGCCUGCAGCAGAAUAAGGAAUCCUCAAUAUGAAGAUAUGUUCUUGUGGAGUAAAUCAGUCUGAUUUGGGGUUAUUGUUAACAUUGAUCCAUGCCAACCAAUCACAAAGCUGCAGUCAGUUCUUUCAUUACAAAAUUUUCUUUCCCCCCUUUCUCCUGACAUUUUAGCAUUUUUAUAAACCCACAUUUGUCUUCUGCUGCUGAGGACUAUCUGCACUAAGUGAAGGAAUUAUCUCCUUUCAAGAAUUUUUUUUAAUGUGUAUAUAUUAAAAUGCUUCCAUGUUCAGCACACAGUAAGGUCCUUCAGGAGACAAAUGUUUGUGUUAAUGUGGGUAUGAACAUGUUGCGGGUGCCACGUGAUAGUGGAACAGAGAUUAUAAGUAGAGCAAUGUAUAUUUUUGUCUGUAAAAUAAAUGAACUUUGACAUAAA